AUGACCCGAAUCUCCAUCGGCGUGCGCAUGAUGCACGCACGCAGGUGCCGGGAGAAGCAGCGGAAGGAGUCGUCCCGGCUGCAGGCGCUGAACCGGAAGCUGACAGCCAUGAACAAGCUGCUCAUGGAGGAGAACGACCGCCUGCAGAAGCAGGUCUCGCAGCUCGUCUACGAGAACGGCUACUACCGCCAGCAGACGCAGAGCGCGGGGCUGGCGACCACGGACACGAGCUGCGAGUCGGUCGUCACCAGUGGCCACCAGAACGUGGCCGCGGCGGCGGCACAAGCCCAGCCGCGCGACGCAGGCCCUGCUGGGCUCAUGUCCAUAGCGGAGGAGACACUGACGGAGUUUCUGUCCAAGGCCACUGGGACCGCCGUCGAGUGGGUCCAGAUGCCCGGGAUGAAGCCUGGUCCGGAUUCCAUUGGAAUCAUUGCCAUCUCGCAUGGUUGUGCGGGUGUCGCUGCGCGAGCCUGCGGCCUCGUGGGUAUGGAGCCUGCCAAAGUUGCUGAAGUCCUCAAGGAUCGGCCGCUGUGGCUACGCGAUUGCCGAUCUAUGGAGGUGGUGAAUGUUCUUCCUGCCGGUAACAAUGGCACAAUUGAGCUUCUCUACAUGCAGCUAUAUGCCCCCACAACGCUGGCGCCAGCUCAUGACGACUUCUGGUUGCUGCGGUACACCUCCAUUCUUGAUGAUGGAAGUUUAGUGGUAUGUGAGAGAUCACUCAGUACCAAGCAUGGCGGCCCAAGCAUGCCUCUUGUCCAGCCUUUUAUCAGGGGUGAAAUGCUUCCUAGUGGGUUCUUGAUUCGGCCUAGCGACGGUGGAGGCAGUGUUAUACACAUCGUUGAUCAUAUGGACUUGGAGCCUUGGAGCGUGCCUGAAGUCGUGCGGCCACUGUAUGAAUCAUCUGCAAUGGUUGCUCAGAAGAUGUCAAUGGCGGCUUUGCGCUAUCUUAGGCAGGUUGCUCAUGAAGAUACCCAUUCUGUAAUAACCGGAUGGGGACGGCAGCCUGCUGCUUUACGGGCUCUGAGCCAAAAGCUCACCAGAGGUUUCAAUGAAGCUCUCAAUGGGCUUGCUGAUGAUGGAUGGUCUGUGAUUGAAAGUGAUGGAGUGGACGAUGUUUGUAUCUCUGUGAACUCAUCCCCGAGUAAAGUGAUCAACUACAAUGCAACUUUCAAUAAUGGAUUGCCUGUAGUCGGUAGCAGUGUACUCUGUGCAAAGGCAUCGAUGCUGCUGCAGGAUGUUUCUCCGCCGGCACUCCUGCGCUUUAUGCGGGAACAGCGGUCGCAGUGGGCUGACAGCAAUUUAGAUGCAUUCUUUGCUUCUGCAAUGAAACCAAAUUUCUGCAAUUUGCCUAUGUCUCGCCUUGGAGGAUUUAGUGGUCAGGUCAUACUUCCUUUAGCCCACACGUUUGACCCUGAAGAAUUCCUCGAGGUUAUAAAAUUAGGAAAUGCCAGUAAUUAUCAAGACGCACUCCUGCACCGUGAUCUGUUUCUGUUACAGAUGUACAAUGGGGUAGACGAGAACAUGGUAGGCACUUGUUCAGAGCUCAUCUUUGCCCCUAUAGAUGCAUCAUUCAGUGAUGACUCACCACUGCUCCCAUCUGGUUUCAGCAUCAUUCCAAUCGACGCUCCUCUUGACACAUCCAGCCCCAAGUGCACGUUGGACCUUGCCUCCACCCUUGAAGUUGGAACUCCCAGAAGCAGGAUAAAUGGGAGCGGUCCUGGAAAUUCUGCUUGUGCUGGCUCAAAGGCUGUGAUGACGAUCGUGUUUCAGUUUGCCUUCGAGAGCCAUCUGCAGGACAGAGUUGCAGCCAUGGCGAGGCAGUACAUGCGAAGCAUCAUCGCAUCAGUUCAGAGGAUCGCGCUGGCGCUCUCCUCCUCGCGCCUAGUUCCUCAUGGCAGCAGCAUCAGUCACAGUCCUGCUAGUCUGGAGGCAACCACGCUUGCCAGAUGGAUCUGCCAGAGUUACAGAUUUCAUUUUGGGGCUGAGCUUAUCAAAUCCAUGAGACGGUAG